AUGGCUGGCAUAGCGUACGCUCUCAUUGCCCGGGCUCUGGCACUCUCUGGCCUGGGACUGGUUGUCCUGUUUGCAUAUAAUUUAUACAGAGCACGAAUGCGUGUACGGUCGAUCAGCACGAAGUAUGGCUUGCCACUCCUACCACACUCAUUUAUCCUCGGCCACCUGAUAAUCUCAGCCAAAGUGGCGAUGAAGUGGCCAGCAGACGUCUCAACAUCACUUAUCCCAUACCUCAUCUCCCUGGAGUAUCCUGAAUACUCCAAACACGGCUACUUCUACCUGGACAUGUGGCCCAUUGUGAACUCGAUGAUCGUGGUUUCUAAUCCGGAUAUGAUGGUGUCAUUCACUCAGGACGUAUCAUUGCCAAAGCAUAGGCAGAUGCCAUUCGAGUUUGGGCCCUUCUCCCACGGACUGGACCUCGUCACUUCCAACGGCCCAGUCUGGAAAACGUGGCGGGCAAUCUUCAAUCCUGCCUUCUCAUUGAAGAACAUACAGACGUACGUGCCCAUCAUGCUACAGGAGUACAACAUAUUCCGCUCCAAACUGGCGAAACUGGCUACGGACGGCGACAUCGUGAAUAUGGACAAAGUCACCAUGGCGUUGACUGUGGACAUCAUCGGUCAUGCCGUGCUCGGAGCCCGCCUCGAUGCCCAGACAACAGACUGCGAGCUCUUCAAGCUUCUGAAAGAGCAGAUCAGUCUGCUGUUCGUCGACUACUCUCCUGGGAGUCUGCGCAAACUAUUCAUGCCGACGCGUGCCUACAGGAUGUGGCGGAACGAACGUGCGAUGCGAAGGAUCGUGCAACCAUACAUUGAGAAGGGGAUCCGCGAUCAUGGGAGCAAACAAGGCAACAAGACCAUGUUGAGGUACAACAGCCUCGCGGUGACCAACUAUCUCAAAGAAUACUCCGCCCUUGAAGGCUCCAUCGACGAGGCAUGGAUCCACAUCGCGAUCCAACAAUUCAAAAUGCUCCUCUUCGCCGGACACGACACCGUCAGUUCGACCUUCUACUUCGUCACCGCCCUCCUGCACAACAAUCCCGCCUCUCUCGCCAAAUGUCGUGAGGAGCUCAACACCGUCUUCGGUCCUUACGACCCCAAAUCCAACAACCCAGACACCAUCGACCCCGCCCAAUCCCUCAUCGCCUCCAACCCCGAAAUCCUAAACCAACUCCCAUACCUCAACGCCUGCAUCAAAGAAACCCUCCGCCUCUUCGGGCCCGUCUCCGGCUCCGUCCGCGAAAACCCCAACCCAAACACCAACCACUUCCUCUACCACCCAGACCACCCCCAAACCCCCAUCCCCGUCUGGGACUUCAUGCUCUUCGCCCACCAAGCCCAAUCCCACCGCGACCCAGCCUACUUCGCCGACCCACACUCCUUUGUUCCCGACCGCUGGCUGGCGAAGCCAGGGGAGAAGUGGUACCCGGGGCAUAAGUAUGCGUACAGGCCGUUUGAGCACGGGCCGAGGAACUGCAUUGGGCAGGAGUUUGCGAUGUUGGAGAUGCGGUUGGUGUUGGCUUUGGUGUUGAGGGAGUGGGAGCUGGAGCCGGUGUUGCCGCAGGAGAAGACGUAUUUGGGGAGCAAUCUUUACCAGAGUACGCCGACGGAAGAAAUCACGAUGCAUCCGAGGGGCGGGAUGCCGAUGCGGGUGAGGCGGAGGGAACAGCUGGUGAAGUCUCUGCAUUGA